AUGCAGGCCCGCCUCACGGCCGGCGCCGCGUGGGCGAGUCGCCAGUGCCAGGAAAUGGCCUACGUCGAGGCAAUCGGCACCCCAACCCAACUCAACCCAUGGGCCGGGCGCGCGGCAAUCCAGAGUGCGGCGACAACAAGCGUAGACAGAAAGACGCAUUUGGCCAAUUCAGCUUACGGGGUCCGUCUACGUGGUCGCAACAAGGAGGGGGAGCACGAGGGUCAGGAGAGUCACGAGAGUCAGAUCAAUCAGGCCAUCAAUCAGAACAGCCCCCAGAACCAGAACCAGAACCAGAACAAGAACAACAUCAGCAACCAGAACAGGCCAAUCAAGGAACAAGAGUCGCCAGGAACAAAGUAG